CAAGUUUCACGCUUUUGCAGUUUAAAGUAGCACUCAGCCUACAAGUCUCUAAGAGAGAAGCAAAUGCAAGGCCAAUUCACUUAAAAACAAGAGCUUUACUCAUAAUCCAAAAAUCUCUCAUCAAAUCCGGUGGAACACCAAUAUGCUUGCUUCAACAUCUUCUUCUUCUUCAGCUGCUGCUGCUGAUAUGAUCAAAGCAAGGACAUACGAUGUUUUUAUUAGCUUCAGAGGCGAGGAUACUCGUGAUGGUUUCGUAAGUCAUCUGUAUAAAGAUUUGUGUCGAAAGAAUAUCGACACUUUUGUCGACAGCGAGAAGUUUGGAAGAGGAGAUGAAAUUUCAGAGGCACUGUUGACGGCCAUUCAAGGAUCGAGUGUUUCAGUCAUUGUUUUCUCCAAAGACUACGCUUCUUCCAAAUGGUGUUUGGAUGAACUUGUGAAGAUCAUGGACUGCAACAAAUGUGUUGUUCCUGUAUUUUACGGUGUAGGCCCCUCAGAUGUACGGAAACAAAGAGGGAAUUUUGCAGAUGCAUUGGCAAAGCAUGAAGAAAAUUUCAAGCAUGAUGUUGAAAAGGUGAAAUCCUGGAGAACUGCUUUGACUUCAGCUGGCAAUUUAUCCGGUUGGGAUUCAGGAAAGAUUCGGCCUGACUCAGCACUGGUAGAUAAGAUUGUGAAAGAUAUAUUGAAGAAAUUGAAUCGUGGAACUUCAAGUGCUAAUUUAGAGGGUUUAGUUGGAAUUGAGAGGCGGAUGCAGAAAGUUUUGUCAUUAUUUCAAGACGAAUUCCCAGAUUUUCGAAAGCUAGGUAUUUGGGGCAUGGGAGGUACAGGCAAAACUACACUUGCUGAAGCCAUUUUUCAUCAUGUUUUAAAUGGUUUCCAAAGCUACUUCUUUCUUGCAAACGUGAGAGAAUCAGAUGAGAAAGGAACAUUAUCUCAAUUACGUCAGACAUUUUUUUCGACCAUAUUGGAGGAUGAAAAUUUAUAUAUCUCAACUCCCACAAUUGGAUCAAGCUUUCUUAAGGAUAGGCUUUCUAGGAAGAAGGUUUUGGUAGUUUGUGAUGAUGUGUCAAAGUUAAGCCAACUCGAGUAUUUAUUCGGAGGAAACAAUCGACUCGGCCCUGGAAGUCGAGUCAUCGUUACAACUAGGGAUAAACAAGUGCUUAUCCAGUAUGGCAUUGAUUUCAUUUAUGAAAUGGAGGAAUUAGAUGACGAUGAAUCUAUUAAGCUCUUUUGUCAACGUGCCUUCAAAAGCAAUCAUCCCACAGAAUUUCAUCAGUUGAAGCUAUCACAGAUGGUUUUAAGUUUUGCUAAUGGAAACCCUUUAGCUAUUAAAGUUAUCGGAUCCUCUCUUUGUGGCAAGACACAAAGCUACCAGGAAAGUGAAGCAAAGAAACUAAAGCAAGUUCCUAAGCCGGACAUUCAAAGACUGUUGAAAUGGAGUUUUGAUGGACUAGAAUGUGAAGAGAAAGAAAUGUUUCUUGACAUUGCUUGUUUCUUUAAAGGGGAGGAUCGAGACUUUGUAACAAGGAUUAUGGAAGCUUGUUAUCUUUCUGCAUAUUCAAGAAUUGAAAACCUCAUUGAUAAAUCUCUUAUAUAUGUUUCAGAAAAUGCGAUAAAAAUGCAUGAUUUAUUGCAACAGAUGGGUUGGGAUAUCGUUUACAACGAAUCACCUUCAGAGCCUGAAAGACGCAGUAGGCUGUGGAUUCCUGAUGACAUCUAUGACGUGCUAAUAGAAAACAGUGGAACAAAAACACUCAAAGGCAUGCUACUUGACAUGUCUAGAAUUCCAAAAUUGGAAUUAAGAGCAGAAGCCUUUGUGAAGAUGCGAAAACUUAAAUUCCUCAAGUUCUAUCUUCCUUCUACGUUUGGAAGGGUUCAAAUGAAAUCCAAAAUCCUCCUACCUCAAGGGCUUUUAUCACUUCCAAAUGAGCUAAGGUACCUUUAUUGGGAGGGAUACCCUUUGAAAACUUUACCUGCCAGUUUUGAUCCAAGGAACCUAGUUGAACUUGAUAUGAGAGAUAGCAAUGUCGAGCAACUCUGGGAGGGAAAACAGGAUUUAGUAAAUUUGAAGGUUAUCAGUCUCUUCUACUCUAAGAACCUUGUCAGAAUCCCAGACCUCUCCAACGCCACCAAUCUUGGAAAGAUAUAUCUUAACCGGUGUUUUAACUUGUGUGAGCUUCCUCCCUCCCUUCAGCAUCUUGAGAAGCUAACUCAUUUGGACUUCAGUUACUGUAAAAAUAUUAGAUCUCUGCCUAGCUUGUAUAAAGCCACAUCCCUCACCAAACUUGAUCUUAGUGGCUGCUCAAAUUUGUUAAGUUUUCCAGAGGUUUCAUCGAAUGUAACAGAGCUAUGGUUAGAUGGAACUGCAAUUGAAGAAGUUCCUUCCUCCAUCGAAUGUCUCUCUAAUCUUCGUGUAUUCAGCCUAUGGGGAUGCAAGAGGCUUAAAUCUCUCCCCACAAGUAUUCAUAAAUUGAAAUCUCUUGAAAAAUUCAAUCUUAGAGAUUGCUCAAGAUUGGAGACUUUUCCAGAAAUCUUGGACAUCAUGGAGAGGUUGAGAGAUCUUGAUUUGAGCGGAACGGCUUUGAAGGAAUUACCAUCUUCAAUUGACAAUUUUAUUGGUCUUGAAUAUUUGAGAUUGAACAACUGUGAAAACCUUAUUUGUCUUCCUAACGGCUUUUAUAAAUCGAAAUCUCUUUGGGGACUUGAUAUUUGUGGUCGUUCAAAUCUUGUUGUAAAAAACUUGUUUUCUGCCAUUGGAGGCAGACCAGUGAAGCUGAAAGAUCUCCACGGGUUAUGCUCAUUGUACAAAUUAGAUUUAUCUGAAACCAAUCUUGAGAGCUUACCUACAACCAUCAAACAAUUUCCUUGGCUGCAAGAGUUAAUCUUGUGGAAUUGCAAGAGAUUGAAAUCAUUACCAGAGCUUCCCCCAAGCCUAGGACAUUUGGAUGCAGAUAGCUGCACUUCACUAGAGGAAGUGUCCAGCAUUAAAAAGCUUUUUGAGCAAGCACUGUUCUGUCAAGAUGAACCAUAUCGAUGCUUGAAGUUGAUAUUUACCAAUUGCUUCCAACUGAAUGAGAAAGGUGUGGGGAAUCAUGGAACACCAAAGUUGGAGACGCCAUUUAAGCAAACGGUGAAUGUACUAAAAGAUUAUCAUAAGGCAUCCCCUCAAAGACAUAAGUUUAUUACAUGCGUCCCCGGAAGUGAAAUCCCGGAAUGGUUUGAUUUCAAGAGCUUAGGAUCUUCCAUAAACAUCCAAUUGCCUUCAGAGUGGUGGAUAAACUUUCCAUCUUUUGUUGCUUCCGUCGUUGUUUCAUUCCCAGAGCGUUAUAAUGGUAGGAAUUUUGGCAUUAGAUGUGAAUGUCAUCUAAAAUCCUAUAAUGGCGACAGUCAUGACCUUACUUGUUCAUUCUCCCUUUGGGGGGUGGGAGUACUAAACCAUGAAGACCGAAUGUUUGGGUGGGAUCACAUGUUCCUCUUAUAUGAUGAUUUCAAAGUUUGGGAGUUCGUUGAAAGUCAGGCAUCAAACAAGUGCAUUUACAAUGAGGCUUCCUUUAAAUUCUACCCUCUUCAUUAUGGGUCGAAACUAAGGAAUAGUUCUUUGGAGAUAAAACAGUGCGGGGUUCAUCUAUUAUUUGCAAAUUAAGGAUUCAAUGUAUGACAUCUCAAUGAUGCUUCAUAUAUUUCAUCUGCAGUGAAUUUCAAACCCUAAAUAUGUUGUUAAUAAAUAUUUUGUUAAUAUAUAUUUAUCAUAGGUUUUAUUUAUAAA